CGCAGUCAAGUCGUUUAACAGCCCCGAAGAACCCUUUUUUGCGUCGCAAGCAGCUUUUCGAGGGUGCUUUUUGCCCACACCCUUCUCACCCGACGCGCCAUCUUGCGGCCGCGGUGGUAUCGAUAUGACGUUGAAUUGAGUCGGAGAUAAAAUGGAGUUUGUACGAAAUUUUGGAAAAUAUUUGCUAAAAUUUUUCGAAAUCUAACAGCCUUGCUCUCCGUGUGAUCCCUGUGCCAUCUCCCUGGCACUCCGGUGAAGUCACAAGUGGUGUUUGUUGUGCAUUCGGAUCUAGCGUCUGUGGCCAGGGCGGACGCGCUCUGGGAGAAUCUCAGCAAAGCCAAAGCGGCCCCGAAGCUUUCGUCUGCGGACAAACUUUCACAGCAAUUUUCGCUCAGUGUAAUCGACGGUGGGUAUUCUGGAGGUGUCGGGAGUGAGUACCGGGAUGACAGAGCAGACACUUAUAUGGUUAUCGUUGCAGGAAAUACGCCACAGGAUGACGGAGGUGAAGUCGGUGAAGGUGGACAACUGGGGAGUGUUUUUCCUACAGAAGCUCCAGAACUUCUUCAACAAGACCGACUAUUGCGAUCUCACGCUGCAGUUUAAGGACAAUUCGCAGCUCAAGGUGCACCGGCUGGUGUUGAGUGCGUGCACGGACUACUUCAAUCUCCUGGAGACGACGUGCGAGAUGCACGGGGACAUCCUCAUCAUGCCGCGCGACCUCCAGGCCGACGUGGUGGUGCCCAUUGUGAACUUCAUGUACACAGGCACCCUAGAGUUCGAGGUGAUGAUGUACGAGCGUCUGCUGAAGACCGCUCGCGAUAUGAACAUGACUGUUCUGCUAAAGCUGCUGGAGGCGCACCGUCGCUCCAUUCCCAGUCGCUCAGCCCCUGUCAUUCUCAACAAGUCCGCCCAGCAGCAGCGGGUGGUGCAGACGCGGGGCCCCAACGUGCGUCAAGUAGAGCGCACGUACGCCUCGGCGGGCAGAGUGACCCAAAUUGGGGGCAUCACUAUCAAAAAGGAGCCGGGAGUAACGUACGUGCGGAAGCCAAUGUCUGACCCGGUGCCAGAGCCAGUAGCCCUGGUGUCCAAGUAUCCACACGUAGGCUCCAAAACAGGCCCCAGUCGCUUUGAGCCGCCGGACGAGAACAUCUCCGAAGCCUUCGACUCAUCUUUCAACCCAAUUUCGUAUGAAAGCAAGCCGCUGAUCACUGCUGACCAAGUGAGUCGCGAGGAGGACGACGAGGAGACGAAAGCAUCGGUGUUUGAGAAACUGCGGAAAUCCGGAUACACCAAUCCCAAUAAGCGCCCGGCCACUGCCAGUGCCUCACCGCCGCACAAGAAGCUAAAUCUGCAGGAUGUGAAAGAGUACACGGAGGCGGCAAAGCUGCGGAAGCAAAUCGAGGAGGAGGCAGAAGAUGAUCCCAGGGAAUACGAUGAUGCCGAUGACACCUACUCGAACUCCAGUGACGAGCAGCAGAGUGGCAGGGCGGUGAGCAAGGCGAAGAAGGAUCAGCGACCCACAGUUGUGGUGCAAGAGUCUGGCAAAGUCAACCACGCCAAGAUCAUCAGUGAGGUUCUGAAGAAGUAUCCGCAUCUGGUGAAGAACAACAAGAAUAUCAAGCUCAAGAUUAUGCAGAAGAGUCCGCAGGGCAGGACAGUGGAGGCUGAGCAGGUGGAGGUGAAGCCUAAGCCGUCCUUCCGCACCACUCCGCCGGCGAAGCAGCUGCCGGUGGAUCCCAAGAGCCUGGCGCGUGGCGGGAGGAUUGACAGCAAGACGAUGCACGCGUUGAUCGCAAAGGGGGCGGAGAACAUGGAGGGACCGUGGCUGUGCCUCCGCUGUGGCGUGGAUGGGCGCCCAAUUGGCAUCCCGACGUACAAAGGCUUCCGUCGCCACCUGAUCAACGUGCACCACGAGAAGAUCGAUCCGCGCAUAUGUGAACACUGCGGCUGGAAGGCGAGAAGCAGCCGCAAGACGGAGCUGUACUACCACAUCCUGGUGAAGCACAAGAUCAAGCCGCCGGACAACAUGUCCUUCCCACGCUGCAAGGAGUGCCCCUUCAUAGCGCCCGACGAGGUCACGAUGAACAAGCACCAUGUGGAUGUGCAUGGGAAAAAGAAGGUGCACCAUCAGACGUGCAUCUACUGCAACAAGAGUUUCCAGUCGGAGACGGCUCUGUUCAAGCACAUGCACAGCCAGCACAAGCAGCGCGCCCGCCAGGAUGGGAUCCUGGAUGAUUCGGACGCGGAGCAGGAGAUGGAGCAGUACGAGGACGAGGCGGAUAAGUAUGUGCCGAAUGUGGAGGAGAGUGAACUCGCCGAGACGUCUGAUCAGAAGAUAAAGAUCCUCUCAAACAUCUCCUUGCCAUCCACCAAGAGUAUUCCGUUCGUUCUGGAUCCGUCGGCUCAGCACGUGAAUCAGAUUCAGGGCAAGGCGGCGGCCAAGUUGGAGCCGAGCAGUGAAGCUGAGGCGCUGAGCAAUGUGGCCAGUGGAAUUGCCACCAGUCUUGGUCUCGUGGAGGGAAGCGUGGUGAUUGGCGAGGCGCAUCAAUUCCAGGGAGAUUCUGACCUCAUCUCCAGCCAGUAUAUCGAGGCUGCCAUGGCGGACGUGCACGGCGAGUACGGAAGCAAGAAGACCGAUCAGGAGAUUAUGACGAAGCUGGUUACUGAGGAUGGGUCAGAGCUUGAGCUGACGCCGGCACAGAAGGAGGAGCUGAUGUCGCAACUGCAGGGCGAGAGUGACAAUGUGGUGAUGGUGUUGAAUCAGGACAACUUCGUUGAGGGCAACACGGAGAUCAUCAACAGUGCCGACCAGAAGAUCGUUGUUGUGUACAGUCAAGCGGACGAUGGCCUGAAGGAGGCCUAUCUGCAUGCCGGCGACAUCAAGGACAGUGUCUUGACGCCGAGCACGCCAAUGGAGUGGCAAGGAUCCAAUACUCAAGAUACUGAAGACAACUCUCAAGAAAAUAUCCCAACAUCACAAGACGAGGAGGACUCGAAGAAGCAGGAGGAGAAUCCUGCUGAAGAGGAAGAAGAGGAGAGCAAGAAGCCGAUUGAGGAGGAGAAGACGGACGAGAGUAGCAAAAAGUCGAAGAGCGAUGAGGACAAGUUGAAGCUGAUUUCUGAGCUAGAAGGCGAUUGGAGUGAAGACGAGGACAUGGGAUUGGAGGCUGCGAAGGAUGAUGCCAGCAAACAAGAGGGAAUCAGGGUUAUCUUGCGCACAUCCACCAAUCCUUCUGUGGAUGACGAGGUGGGCCUGAAGGAGCAGAGUGCCGUUGAGGAAGUGGAACAGAAUCUGUCGGCUCUGCUCGAGGAUUGGAACAAUGACUCGCAGACGAGCGCCAAGGAGAGUGUGGAGGAGGCGAACGGGAAGAAGGAGGAGCCAGAGAAGGUGGAGAAGGACGAGGAGACGGACAAGCUGGAAUCGCAGAAAUCCGCAGAGGAGGAUAAGGAGGACGCCAAGAGUGACGAUGGAAAGAAGAGCAGCGAAAUCAAGACUCUGAUCAACGAUUGGGGUGAUGAUGAUGAGGAUCUAUAAUUUUUAAGGAAUUGCAACCUUUAAUUAGAAGUGAAUUUUAGAUUUUAGAUGUUAAGGAUAUUUAGAAGUUCUAUAUGGUGACCACAAAAGUUUUCCUGAUCACUAAAAUCAACCUAUUUUCUCCGUCUUUUUAGGAAAAAAUAUGCAUAUUACAUUUGUCACUAACAUUAUUACUUUAAGAGCAAAAAGUUACAAAUAUUUUAUCUUCAUUUAUUUUAUUCCUAAAUAUCUCUAUGUAAUUUACAAUGAAUUGUAUCUGGAACCUAGCCUGUAAUUUAGAGCAAAAAUAAAGAUAGUGCAAAAAUGCUUGGA